CGUCGUGAAGCGGAACUUGAAUUGUUUACAUGAUGGCGGAUAUGGAUCUGGCUUGUUGAGAUUGAGCGUGUGAAAUAAUUGUUUGUAGAUAACUAAAUAAUCACGUUUGCAGAAAAUGUCAUCUCACGGUUCUCUAAGUCUUCCCGACGCUCCUCCAGACUCGCCGGGGAGCUCAGUGUCAACACGACUCAUGGAGGAGUACGAGGAACUGCUGAAGUAUGCGGUUGUUGUUCCGAGCUAUGACCCCAACAAGGCGUCCCACACUCUGAUCGACCAUCGUGAUUCCUUCCCACAGCCUGAAACACUGGUCACCAUUACCAAGCAAAAAACUGCGAGUCCAUCAGAGGUUGAGGCUGGCGAGAUGGCAGGGUCAGAUGAAGAGUCCGAGGCAAGUCUGAUUGUCAAAGUGACGAGGGAAACAGGGCUGCCAGAUUUCGGCCAGAGCCCCAUACAACGUAGACUGGACCUGAGGGACAGCGACUCCGCCCACACUCAGGAGGAGGAGUUGGAGAAGAUUCCUGGUCGUCUGUUGAGGGAGAUAAACAUAUCAGGAGGGGGAAUGGAGGAAGAAAACAUCUAUACCUCGACAGUUGAUCCUGAUGUCAACAAAAUGGAGAACCUUAUGGACCAGUGGUGUCUUGACUUGAAGAGAAAUGUCCUGGCAGAAUAUGGUCAGUCAAAGAUACGAAUAGUUGAGAUGGGGCGACAACAACUCCUCCGGGCACAGGAAAAGCAUGUCAGUGAGAUGACAGCCCUCCAGAACGAGGUGGAGAGCAUGAAGGAAUUACUACACACGUACGAGCAGUCAAUCUCACGAAAGGACCAGGUGAUAUCAAACAUGACCCACGCUCUGCAGAAACAGCGGGAGCGCCACGACCUGUUAAAAAAGUUCGGUGAAUGGAAGAUCAAGCAUAACGAUCUUAAACGAGAGAAAUUUGCCGGUCAGUUGGCUGCUAAACAUUACGAGAGGAAGAUGACACGUACGGUCUGGGACGCGUGGCACUCUGUGAUUGAGUCUAAAUGGCGUAACCGCGUGGAGCGUGCUUGUCAGGGCAAGGCGCAGGAAGUCUGUAUGUCCCUGACAAAUAACUACGAGACCAAGAUAGCGUCGCUGAACGAAGCCCUGGAGGCCUCGAGGAUGGAGGUGGCCAAACUGCACACUGAGAGGGACCAGUAUGAGGAAGGCAUGAAAAAAGCAUUCAUGCGUGGCGUGUGUGCACUCAACCUUGAGGCUAUGACAAUGUUCCAGUCCGGAGAGGGUCCUCAACCAGGUGCCGAGAACCAUGCGUACUCCGACAACCUAGAGUCUGGUAUUCCUGAAAAGGACAUGAGUGCCCCAAAAACUAUACCACAGGAACCAGUGUACCAGUCUCAGCCCCGACCCCAACAACCUGCGGCCAAGGUUAUCACCAGCCAGGCUGCAAGGUCAGCCACCCUGUCCAGUAUGGCCCAAUCUAAACAAGCAGCAAGUGGUAAAGUUUCCAGUACACACAAGGGCAAGGUCAUCUCCACUCGAAUGACAGGGAAGGUAGAUUCGGGCCGCCCAGGCCUCGGAGGUCCCUCGACAGGACCCACAUUAGCACCUCCUAUGAGCUCUGUCAUUGUAGAGCGACAUCAGUCAGUUAACAAGCAGACCAUAGGGCAGGCCACGGCAUCUCGCCAUCCAGCCAAGUCCCCGAUCGCGUUAUCAGAAUACCAACAGAGUGGCAUACUCCAUCGACGACUCGCAGGUCAGACAGGAAGUCUGUCAAUCUCACCGCACAUACAGACUGUCAAGGUCGUGGACUAGCGACAAGGUUGUGGACUAGUGUCAAGGUCGCUCAUUAGUGUCAAGGUCACUGAUCCAUGAGGAAGGUCAAGAGUAAUGAAUUUGUGAAGGACAAUCCAAGUUUGAGGAUAGAAAACAUUCAGAAGACUCGGAACAAAAACAUUUCAUGUUUCUGUUUGACUGGGAAAUAUAAGUUCGGUGAUUGAAGGCAUUUCAAAAAUGUAAUAUCAAAAUAUUCCAUAUAUUUCCAUGAUUGUAAAAUUUAAAUUUGAUGAUAAAAUGCAUGUGAACAUAUUUUAGAUAUCAAAUGACACAAAUAUGGCAGGUUAGUGUGAAUUCAGACUGUGAUGAUUGUGAAAACAUAUUCUUUCAACUCUUAUUGUGUAAAAUACUUCAAUUUUCAUAAAUUUUAUUUUUCCCAUCCUUUUUUCGUAGAUUCAUUCACAAGAAUUUAAUUUACGAAUUGAACAACAACUUGUGAACUGUUGAAUUGUGCCUUUCUUGUCCAUGGGAAACAUACAUUCAUAAUCAGAUGUCCGUCCAAAUGAAACUAAAAAUAGAUAUUUAAUGAACUUAAAGUAUAAAUUUACAAUAUUCAGGACAUUUUUUAUUUUAUAUUUUUACAGUAUGUUACAUGUUGCCUCAAGAUUAAUAUUCCAUUAUUAUUAAAUUGUCUUUGUACUCAAAUUCCGUUGGUAAAAUAUUAUUUAUACCAUAGUGAAUAUGAACAUUUAACAACUGUUUCAUAACAUUGCACUAAGAAAGUAUAUAUCAUGUUAGCAGUGUGACAACGCAACAAUGAUGUUGCCAUUUUCUUCAACUUUAGAAAUUGAAAUAUUACAGAAGUACAUUUUAUACUUAACUUCUGUCACAUUCCUUUUGAUAUAACAUUUAAAACACUUAUUCAAAAAAUUAUUUUUUGUCAAGGAAUGAAACAGAAACUUACAUGGCACAUUUAAGAGUUUGCAUGAAUGUGGAUUCAUAGUUUCUUUGUUUUUUGUUUCAUAACUCAAUUUUUUAAAUGAAAAAAUUAAAUUCUCAUUUGUGUCCUUCUGAACAAAUAUUAUGUACAGUGAAAUGACUCUGUGAGCCGCUGUUGAUUGAUAUGUUGAUAAUAUAUAGUAGAACUCUUUGGCGUUUUUCCCACUGAGGGACAGGGAUCCUUAACUCUGACAUUUUUGGAUGAUAUUAGGUUAAAUUCGCGUAUUCCUGUUGAAAAGGUACGGGUGGCGCAGAAAUAUUUUCCACGAUAAACGAACACACUUGGACCGUUCUAUCAGCAGAGCUAAAAAUGCAUAAUUUGGGAGAAUAGAUAACAAUGCAUCAAGAAUAUUAUGCCCUUCUUUCAUGUGUCCAAUAAAAUAUAUAACGUAUCUUAAAAACUACAUGUGGCUUGACAUUGUUUUAGAAAGAAAUAACGCACACUAGCAAUAGUCAGCAUUUUAGUUUCAGUCAGUAAACUACAGGUAUGAGCUACUCGUGCCAAAUAUUCCUGAGGUCAGCAUCAUGUUCAGAUCUGUGUCUGUCGUUUUCUUUACAAGUUUAACCAUUUCAAAUGGUUGAACCGGAUACACGAAAAGGUCCUUAUUUAUAUUUCAAGGGAGAUAAUCCUGUCAAAGCCUACAUAUAUAUAUAUACAAGUGGUCGUGUAGAAGUUUAGUCUCGUUAAAUAAAAGAGUAAGAAUUUUAACAGUGAUUCAAAACCUUGAGGAUUUCACGUUCAAGUAGAGUAUCUUCUGGCCCUGACACUAGACUUCGACACUUCGACACCAGUGGUUUAUCUGUCAAAAUGUCUUGUCUGGUGGCAGGGCCAGUGGAAACUCGACCUAAAAUCCAUAUUGAAUAUGUUGCCUGUGCUGAUAUGCUGUAUGUUUUCUAGCAAACAAAACGCGUUUGGUCGUAAUACCUGAAAAUUCACCUGAAAAUCUUCCUCGACUAUUUUCUUUUAUUUCUUAUUACAUUUUGUUUCAAUGUAAAUUUUACGCAAUUUUUCUAAAAAUGUGCACCUUCAAUAUAUUCACUUCAUAUGGAUUUUACUGGAGAAUUCCAUACAUGUAGGCCAUUAUAAAUAGUUUGUACAUAACAUACCUCUGUGAUAAUGUGUGUAGUAGCUAUCAUGUAGUGAAACCCUUAUUUAUCGGCUGAUUACUGUAAAUACCAAGGCUGAGUAAGGGAGUUCAAACACUAUUUAUAAUUUAUGAAUAAAGCUAGU